GUUUACAGUAAUUUCCCGGCGUCCCUUGCGGCCUUCCUUUUCCUCCAUCUUUCUGGAACUUUAAGCAGGUGAACUCACCUGAAGAAGACGAAAAUGCCUGGAAGACUGUGGAGUAAGGCCAUCUUCACCGGCUACAAACGUGGUCUGAGGAACCAGCGCGAGCACACGGCCCUCCUGAAGCUGGAGGGAUGCUACACCAGAGACGAGGUUGACUUCUACCUGGGCAAACGCUGCGCCUACGUCUACAAGGCCAAGAAGAACACCGUGACGCCCGGCGGUAAACCCAACAAGACCAGAGUGAUCUGGGGGAAGGUGACCAGAGCUCACGGCAACAGCGGGAUGGUCAGAGCCAAGUUCAGCAGCAACCUGCCGGCUAAAGCCAUCGGACACAGAGUCAGAGUGAUGCUGUAUCCUUCUCGGGUCUAAGGAGGAAACCAUCGUCUCUGCUGUUGUUGUUGUUUGUACAGAAACAAUAAAGUGAUCGAUAAUGUGAUCGGGUCCAAAGCUG